AUGAGCUACACAUCACGUUACUCCAGUUCGUACAGUAGCCGUUAUGCUGAUACUGGAAGAGAUUCUUCAAGUCGCUAUGGUGGUUACUCGAGCCGGUAUUCUACUGGUAAAGAUUUGACCAGUAGUGACGACUAUUCAUCGCCGCGAGAAUCAAAAUAUUCUUCCAGUUACAGAACAAGAACUUAUGACACAUCGGAAGAUGUUGACGUCCGGAAGAAAUCGUCAGAAGAUGAGGUCGAUCCCACCAAAGACUACACUUCUAGUCGUUAUGGGAAAUAUUCUAGCCGUUACAGCGCGGCCAAGGAUGAUACCGGUAGUGAUGACUACACUGGGACCCGUGAAUCCAAAUACUCAUCCAAAUACAGAUCUAAGUACCGAGACACAACAGAGGAUGCAGACAUGCCAAGCAAAGAAGUUGUCGAGGAGUAUGAGCACGACUAUUCCAAGGAGAGCCAAGAAAAAUCUGGAACAAAGGAGGUAGCGAAGGAAGAAAAUGAAGAAGAGGAGGAGGAAGGAGUGCUGGAAUAUCAAGCCGAUACGAAUUUGCAAAUGACUAAUGAAGACAUUGAAGAUUAUGGCGGUGAAGAGGAAGAUACUGCGGUACAGGAGAUACAGGCCGAGGAAGGGGACGAAGGCGAUGAAGAAACAAUACGAUCUCACACGUCAUCUGUGUCAUCAUCAGCGCUUGCCGCCGCCCACGGCACACAUGCCACUCAUAUCGAAGAAGAAAAACCAAAGCGUCAAAUCGAGCAGAAGGUGUCAUUCAGGCCUUCCAUUGAUAACUCUGAACCUCGUGUCCCUAAAGCACCUCUUGAAAAUAUCGUUCCAAAGAGUGCGUUCCAUUUUGAUCGAUAG